CUCCUCAGGGGUUGCUGCUGGUGGGAGAAGGAGGAGGAGAGUGGGGCGGCCCCUCUCCCUUCAGCCCCUCUUUCUUUCCUCUGGGGUGAGGCCUUGGGGCGCCCAUAUCCCCCUCCCCGAAGAGCCCCGUUGAGUUCAAUGGGGACUUACCUCCAAGGUAAAUGGGUUUGCAUGGCAUUUUCCCUGCACUAAGGCAGUUCCAUGUCUUGUUUGGACUGUUCCUGUAUUCUACGGACACAAGUUGAAACCUUUGAAGCAGAAAAGCAGUCUGAAGGCAGUAGCAGUCAAGACGUGACAGAUGAACCUGCUGUAUGCUGGGGCCAGCUGACUCAGAUACAGGAUGAACAAAUAUCAUGGGCCUCUGAUGUAUCCCAUUAUGAUCUCCAGGUGGAAAUAGGAAGAGGAUGCAAUAAUUUAACUUCAAUCUACCUCGCACGUCAUAUCCCUACAGGAACAUUGGUAGCUGUAAGGAUUACAGAUCUGGAAGGAUGUUCUGAAGAGCACUUGAAAGCUUUACAACAUGAAGUAAUAUUAUCCCACUCCUUUCGUCAUCCCAAUAUCUUGACUCUGUGGGCAGUGUUCACUGCUGGAAGCUGGCUUUGGAUUAUUUAUCCUUUCAUGGCCUAUAGUUCAGCCAGUCAUCUCUUGAGGACUUAUUUCCCUGAAGGCAUGAGUGAAGUUUUGAUUGGAAAUAUUCUGUUUGGAGCAAUUAGUGCCUUAAACUACAUGCACCAACAAGGGUACAUACACAGAAGUAUUAAAGCUAGCCACAUCCUAAUUUCAGGGGAUGGCCUAGUUUAUCUCUCUGGCUUGAGCCACCUCUACAGUUUAGUCAGCAGUGGGCAGCGGCUAAAAGCUGUGUAUGAUUUCCCCCAGUUCAGUACAUCAAUGCUUCCUUGGCUGAGCCCUGAACUAUUAAGGCAGGAUAUGCACGGAUACAAUGUGAAGUCUGACAUCUAUAGUGUGGGCAUUACAGCAUGUGAACUAGCUAAUGGGCAUGUACCUUUUCAGGACAUGCCUCGUACACAGAUGCUACUGCAGAAGCUUAAAGGUCCAUCUUAUUGUCCCUGGGUGAUAAAUACUUUUCCACGUGGUGAGUCCAGGAUAAAAAAUUCACGGUCAGGGAUUGACUCUGGAAUUGGUGAAAGCAUGACCCACACAUUGACAAGUGAGAGAUUGCAGACACCACCAAAAACAUUUUCCCCUGCUUUCCAUAACUUGAUAGAACUCUGUUUGCAUCAAGACCCAGAAAAAAGGCCAUCAGCAAGAGGUCUACUGUCACAUGCUUUUUUCAAGCAGGUAAAAGAACAAACAAAGGGUUCAUUACUUUCCUUGUUGCCUCCUUCCAUCCAGUACACUCAGUCACAAAUACCAGCAGUGCAUUCAGCAGCCAUCUGGAGCAAAUCUGGAUGUAAUUUGCCAAAAGAAAGAGAGAUGUAUUGGGAAUUCUGAAGAUACCAAAAGAUACCACUGACAUCUGUUUUUAAAAAUGUGAUUUUUUUUGCUGCUUUUGUUUUUAAAAUACAAAUGUUUGUGACAUACUUGAAAAUAUUAAAUAUUUGUAUAGUUGAUUCCAUAGAGGGAGGAAAAUUUCCCCAAAAUGGUACUAUUUACUUCUUGAAUAACAGACUUAUCCACUUGCUAUGAAGCAUCUUUAUAUUCUUGUACCUGAACUGUAAUGGUGAUAAAGGUCUUGCUUGUUGUAGGACAUGAUAAUACCUAUGCUGUUAGUACCACUGAAGGAUUAAUCUGAAAUACUGUUUCUGUUCUGUCACAUUUUUAUAGUGUACUGUUAAUUGCCAUGCCAACUAUCUUAUCACUUCAUACGCUUUGUGUUUAAAAAGUAGUGCCUUCUACCUUUGAGGAGGUGGCAGUGUGCAAAUCCAUUGAAGCUGUGAUGGCUCUUCUGCCACAUCCUGCAGUAUCUGAAGUAGCCAGAUAUUGUACUGUAACCUGAAAGAAAUAGCUGUGAUUUCUUACUUCAAAGUAUUCUGCACAACCUAACAUAGGAAGAGUAAUGCAGUAGUCCCUCCACAUUGGCUGGGAUUAGGGGUGAAAGUCCCCUAUGAAUGUGGAAAAACCACAAAUAAAAAAGCCCUUUUUACCUGGGAGAGGAAGCCUCUCCAGGUCCUCCAGUGCAACUCUAUGGCCAACAUCUCCCAGAGUUGAUCAUAGAAUCAUGCCUAGAGAACUUCUAUGUUCUCCACCACAACUCUAUGGUCAACUUCAGGCAGAGUUGCACUGGAAGACCUAGAGAGAGAAAGAGAAUGAAAUUAUUUGAUUAUAUUCUUUUUAUAUUGCUUAUUAGUCCACAGCUGUUAUAGUAGCUAAAAUGUCACAUGUGAGGGAUUAUACCUAGCUAGCCUUUAAAUGGCAGUUUGUAGGACUAAUCUAGAGAAAGGAGUCUAUAAAACAGGCAAAGAAUAAUGAAUGAUUUGUUGUGUCAAAAAGCUGGAAAAAUCGAUACAGCGGUUCUAGCAGAUGAUGACUAUUAGGGGUAUUCUGUUGCAAACACAAUUAUGGAAAGCAAUAUAUUCUAAAUUAAGAUAACCUUAAAGUUUGCAUUUUGACUUUUUAAUGUGCUUUUCAUUGAGAAGAAAAGCCCAAAUGACAUAAAUAAUGGAAAGCAAUAGAAAUGGACUGGCAAGGUACAGGCUUUUUGUAGAACUGUGAACAUUAACUUAACCAAAACUUUUGUUCUGUGUACAGCAUGUAACUGGUACUUGGGAUAGCUCUAAUACUGAGAUAUUAAGAAUUAUAUUUUAUUAACGUACAUUUUAUUUAAUCAUGUAAAAUAGAUGUUAGUUUAAUUUUUUAAGUGUGUAACUUCACAAUAUUAUAUCAAAUGUGAUACAACUAGCAUCACAAGUGUCCUUCUCAUAGGAAACUACUGAAGUAAAACUAUAUUAGCCAUCUUUUGCAAACUCUGUUUUGAGUAAUGUAACUGGAAUAAAAUACACCUAUUUAAAAAAAGCCA